GCGGGCGCGGGAUUGGCCCGGGCGCGUGGUCACGUGAGCCAGGCGGGGCCGGCGACGGGCGUAUUGUGGUGGAGGGGCUCCGCUUGUCAGACGGGAUAACCGGAACAGGGAAUUGAAAGUGCUGGACGAAGGACCAAGGCACAAGUGUUGGAAAAUAAAUUGGUGGGAAGAAAACUUUUUUAAAGAUGUGUUGACCAGAAGAAUCUCUCUCUUAGUGGCCCUUGAAAAUCUAGUGCCUUAUAAAAGAUGGGGUUUGGAAGUGACCUGAAGUAUUCUCAUGAAGCAUUGGUAAAACUGCAAGAUUGGGAAUUACGGCUACUAGAAACGGUGAAGAAAUUUAUGGCCAUGAGAAUAAAAAGUGAUAAGGAAUAUGCAUCCACUUUACAGAAUCUUUGCAAUCAGGUUGAUAAAGAGAGUACGUCACAACUGGAUUAUGUUAGUAAUGUAUCCAAGUCCUGGCUGCUCAUUGUGCAGCAAACAGAACAGCUUAGCAAGAUCAUGAAAACGCAUGCAGAAGACUUGAAUGCUGGGCCAUUACAUAGACUUACCAUGAUGAUCAAAGAUAAGCAGCAAAUCAAGAAGAGUUACAUAGGUGUUUACCAGCAAAUUGAGGCAGAGAUGUUCAAGGUUACAAAAACAGAAUUGGAAAAAUUUAAAUCUACUUAUAGACAAUUAAUUAAGGAAGUAAAUUCUGCAAAAGAGAAGUAUAAGGAAGCUCUGUCUAAAGGAAAGGAGACUGAAAAAGCCAAAGAACGUUACGAUAAAGCUACUAUGAAACUCCACAUGUUGCACAAUCAAUAUGUGUUGUCGCUGAAAGGAGCACAGUUACACCAGCACCAGUAUUAUGAUGCUACACUUCCUCUGUUCCUUGACUCCUUGCAGAAGAUGCAAGAAGAAAUGGUUAAAGCACUAAAAGGUAUCCUUGAAGAAUACACUCAGAUCACCAGUCUUGUAACAGAAGAAAUAGUGAAUGUUCAUAAAGAGAUCCAGACAUCUGUUGAACAGUUAGACCCUGGUUCUGAGUACAGUAGUUUCAUAGAGUCUCACAGGACACCAGAUGUUGCGCAACAAGAAAUAGAGUUUGAUACAUCUUUAUUGGAAGAAAAUGAAAAUCUUCAAGCUAAUGAGAUUAUGUGGAAUAAUUUAACAGCUGAAAGUUUGCAAACGAUGUUGAAAACAGUAGUAGAAGAGCUGAUUCAGACACAGCAGACACUUCUCAACAAGGAAGAGCUAGUACUGGAAUUAGAAAAAAAGAUAGAAGAAUCUUCUAAGAUCUGUGAGAGGAAAUCUGAUGUUGUGCUUCUGUUAAGCCAGAAACAGACACUGGAAGAAUUGAAGCAAACGGUUCAGCAAUUGAGAUGCACUGAAGUCAAGUUUGCUGCCCAGAAGGAACUUCUAGAACAAAAAGUGCAAGAAAAUGAUGGGAAAGAACCGCCACCUGUUGUAAACUAUGAGGAGGAUGCCAGAUCAGUUUCUUCAAUGGAUAAGAAAGAUAAAGUUUCCCGGUUUGAUACCAUUCGGCACUCCAUUGCCGGAAUGAUAAGAUCUCCAAAGUCUAUGCUGGGUUCUUCAUCGGUAAGUCCACAGUUCUUUGAUGUAAUAUCAACCAGCGAGAAACCUCUGGCAGACCAAGAUUGGUAUCAUGGUGCAAUCCCAAGAAUAGAAGCUCAAGAGUUAUUAAAGCAGCAAGGAGACUUCUUGGUGCGAGAGAGUCAUGGCAAGCCUGGUGAAUACGUCCUUUCUGUGUUUUCAGAUGCGCAACGGAGACACUUCAUCAUACAAUAUGCUGAUAAUCAGUAUCGAUUUGAAGGGACGGGGUUUUCAACUAUUCCUCAGCUUAUAGAGUAUCAUUACACAACUAAACAAGUGAUUACAAAGAAAUCAGGGGUUGUUCUGCUGAAUCCUGUUAUUAAGGAUAAAAAAUGGAUUCUCAAUCAUGAAGAUGUCACACUGGGAGAAUUACUGGGCAAAGGUAAUUUUGGUGAAGUAUAUAAGGGAAUAUUGAAAGAUAAAACUCCUGUUGCUGUAAAGACAUGUAAAGAAGACCUUCCCCAGGAGCUGAAAAUAAAGUUUUUAUCAGAGGCCAGAAUACUCAAACAGUAUGACCAUCCGAAUGUGGUAAAGCUUAUAGGAGUUUGCACUCAAAGGCAACCUAUAUAUAUCGUUAUGGAGCUUGUUCCAGGAGGUGAUUUCCUCUCCUUUUUAAGAAAGAAGAAGGAUGAGCUAAAAACCAAGCAGCUAGUGAAAUUUUCAUUAGAUGUUGCUGCUGGGAUGGCGUAUCUCGAAUCCAAAAACUGUAUACACAGGGACCUUGCCGCAAGGAACUGCCUUGUAGGCGAAAACAGUGUCCUGAAAAUUAGUGACUUUGGAAUGUCUCGUCAAGAAGAUGAUGGAGUAUAUUCAUCUUCAGGAUUAAAACAGAUUCCCAUCAAAUGGACUGCUCCAGAGGCUUUAAACUAUGGGCGAUACACUUCUGAAAGUGAUGUGUGGAGUUACGGAAUUUUCCUCUGGGAGACCUUCAGUUUAGGUGUCUGUCCAUACCCAGGAAUGACUAAUCAGCAAGCACGGGAACAAGUGGAGAAAGGCUAUCGAAUGUCAGCACCUCAGAAGUGCCCAGAGGAAAUCUAUAAAAUAAUGCAACGGUGUUGGGAUUACAAUCCUGAAAUGAGACCGAAAUUCAGCGAAAUUCACAAAGAGCUCUCUGCAUUGAAAAAGAAAGUGGCCUCAUGAGAAGUUAGCAGGACUCAAAACUAGAGGACUCUUUUCUCCUUUUCCAGAAAAGUAAUAUUUUAUGUCAUGAACACUACACUUUUAUACAUUUCUUUCAAUAUUCUUCUAGAAUUCUUUUUUAAAAAACAAAAAAAUGGUUUGUAUUCAAGUGUGCCAGGCUGAAAAUGUCAAAGAUAUCUAUGUUAAAGAGAGAGCGCUCUGCCAAAUGCUUUAUAUCUGAUCACAGUGAUGCUGUCAUUUAGGUUAUAUGUAAAUAGACAACAUAUAGUAUG